CAAAGCGUGGAUCAAACAUUGCAGUAAAUUCCCCAACCGAAACAACUACCUGAAGCACUCAAAUGGCCAAACUAUUCUUAUUUUCUCCCAAAUUACAACCCCUUCUCUCCCUUUUCUUCCUCAUCUUCAUACCCUCCAAUGUGAGUUCACAAAGCAUUGAAACAGAACGUACAAUUCUUCUCAAACUUAAGCAACAGCUGGGUAAUCCGUUGGCGAUUCAGUCAUGGAAUGCCUCAUCCUCACCGUGUUCUUGGACGGGAAUCAACUGCACUCAAGGUUCAGUCACCGCCAUUUCGCUCCGUAAUAUGGACAUUAGGGUCAAAAUCCCACCAACAAUAUGUGACCUUAAGAGCCUCAAUGUCCUUGAUCUGGCCUACAAUUAUAUCCCUGGUGAGUUCCCAAAACUGCUGUACAAUUGCUCCAAGCUCCAGUACUUAGACCUCUCCAUGAACUACUUUGUCGACCCCAUUCCCGAUGAUAUUGAACGGUUAUCGACUCUGCUUUACUUAGACGUCAGUGCCAACAAUUUUUCUGGUGACAUUCCGCCGAGUGUUGGCCGAUUACCGGAGUUGCGAGAACUCCAUCUCGACGGGAAUGAGUUCCACAAUGCCACUUAUACCUGAUAGGUUCAGUCAACUGAAGAGACUGAAGUACUUAUGGAUGACGGAAACAAAUUUAAUCGGCGAAA